AUGUCCACUCGUACCUCUAACGAGUCCACACCCCUACUGCCAUCAGUUGCUGCAUCUGCAUCUGCGCGCAAUCACGACGACCAUGCAUCCAGCAGCAACAGCAACAGCAGCAGGCCCGUCGCCGCUCCACCUCGAAGCUUUUCAGAUCAAGUAGAGACGCAGAGCAGAGCAGCAAGUAUCGCUUUGGCUUUGCAGUGCAUCGUCGCUGGGUUUGUCGAUGCUGCUGCACAUGGCACCACCAAGACCUGGGUCGCAUUCAUGACGGGCAACUUGACGCAGCUCAUGAUCUCGCUCGUCAGUCUGAUCUCCAUUUCCAUUCGUCGCCCUGCACUCGACGCCUACAACACCGCCGCCACCACCAGCACCACCAGCACCACCAACCUACCCCGCGAUGAGCUGUUGCAGCGUCUUUCCCUCAGUUUCUCUUCCAUCCUCGGCUUCUCCCUCGGCGCUUACCUCUGCCAGCUAGGCAUAUCACGCUUCGGAUCCUCUCAUCGUGCGCGCUUGCUCUUCACACCCCUGUGCGGCUCCAUCGUAGCGUGCGUCAUUGCUGCGCUGGCAUUCUUCGAACAUCGGCAGGGCUGGCAACUUGCAGGUCGGUGGGGUCCCAUCAUGCUGGGCUUGCUUGCCGUCAGCAUGGGUGCUCAAGCUGCUCAGGGUCAAAGGAGCGGUAAUGCGCCUUGGGCCACAACCGUCGUCUUUACAGCCACCCUGACUCAGAUCUUUGCCGAUCCCACUUUUCCCCUCUUGGCCAAUGCUGGGCGCAAGAGGGUCACUUCUGUCCUCUGCUUGUUGCUCGGAGCUGCGCUUGCUCAGACCCUGCUAGAAUUUGUGCGUGCCUUUGGACAACACGACGAUGCGAGCAGCGAACAUCCGCUCUCUCUGCCCAUUGCUCUGCUAUUCUUGGCUGUGCUUCAAGUCUGGACAGCCCUCGCCUGGUGGCUUGUUCCCUCCGCUCCCGACGCUCGAUGA